AUGCCCCCCAAGAAGAAACAACAAGUGGCCGAGUCCGAGGAUGGCGCCUCAACAGCGUCGGGAAGUGGGACGAAGAAGCGGACGCGCAAGGAGGCGAGCGAGCCCAAGCAGCGCAAGGAGCCCAAGGAGCCCAAGGCCGUCAAGGGGCCGUCUCGAGCAAAGAAGAUGAAGGACGAGGUCGACGUCGAGGCGGCCGGUCGCAUGUUGCAGCUGUCGCAAACGCCGAGCACGAGCGUAGCGAGCGCGACGAAGACCGGGUCCAGCCAGACUGACGCGAAGCAGGAGUCGGACUCCGCACAGCAGGCCGAGGCCGACAACGCCUUCCUCGGGUUCGGGCGAGUCGACUUCUGCAGCCAGGAGAAGAUGCUGUGGACGUCGGGGUCGACGAACAACCGCGCGCUGAACAUGGUCCACGUCGGCAACAUCGCUGAGAACCUCGUGCUCGAGGGGGUCUUGGACGACGACCCCACCCGCAUGUUGAUCUUCGAGAUCUACCCGGAGCAUCUCGACGAGAACACCGUCUUGGCGAAGACCGCGGACGAUCCGGCGAGCUUUCCGCUCGUCAAGUUGAGCGAGCAGGGCAAGAGCUUCUCGCACCUCUUGCUCGCGGGAAACCAUCGGCUGCACGCACUGCUGGAUCGCCAGAAGAAGGACGCCGCGAUCCUCAAGGCGCAGAUCCGCCGGCUGAAGGAGCUCGAGAUCUCUGUCGGUCUGACCGAGGAAGGGCAGACGACGCUGCCCCAGCUCACGGAGCAUGAGCCGAUCACGGACCUGAAGCGGGAGAUCGCGGCCACGGAAGACCGGAUCGAGCACAUGAGGUUCUGGAGGUGCAAGUUUUAUCACUCUGGGAAGCUCACGGAUCGGGCGCGUCGUCACCUCGCGCGGAACAUCACGCAGCACAUCCGCGUUCAGACCGGGUGGGAGGCGUUCAACGCGAACGUCGCGGUGCUGCGGGACGCGGUCAUGUCGGAGGCGGUCACGGAGGAGCCCGGGUCGGGCAAGUUGUGGGAGGAGCAGCUCAAGAAGCUCCCGAAUAAGCUCGACCACAACAACCAAUACGGGUCGUUGAUUCGCGGUCGGAUGUCGGCGAAGUUCUGCCUGGAGAUCGCGCUGUGGCCGUACCUUCAAAACGACGACAACCUGGACCCGAAGGAACUCAAGAAGUACUUCAAGGCGGCUUCGGAGACGAGCGGCGUGCUGCCGAACGGACAGUUCGUGCUGGAGCUGCUGUACCGAUCGACGUCGCAGCUGAGCUUCCUCGCGUCGCCGUCGAACCUGGUCGCUGGGAGCACGGCUCAAAUCGUGGCGAUGGAGUACGUGGACGCGUUCGCGGCGUUCCGGAAGGCGACAGAGGAGGUGCAGGCGACGCGGAACGGCGGCGAGGAGCAGCCGUACCACAAGAUCAAGGAGCACGAGGCCCUGCACACCGCGCGCGAGAAGUGGGUGAAGAUAUCGAACACGAGCAUGGUCGGGGUGAAGACGCCUCAGCGAUGCGUGUUCCCGAACGAGCUGUUCGAGGACAUCGACAAGGUCUUCGUUUCGACGCUGCACCCGGUCAUCCUGGCGCGGGACGCGAUGGGCUCGAUGCAGAGCUCUGCAUGGCGUGAAGCGUUGAAGAAGUAUUGGCAGGGGGUGAAACAGGCUGGGAAGAGGCACUGGGACCACGCGUCGGACCGUGCGACGAUGGAGGCGGAAGCCGAAAGCGAGCAGGAGACGACGAAGAAGCAGAAGAAGAGCAAGGCCAAGCAGACGGACGUGGGGACGGGGCCGGAGGAGGCGACGCGGGCGACGCUCGCGCUAGCGGCGUUGAAGGGGGUGCGGGGGAAGAUCGACAUACUUCACUACAUGCAGACGGCCGGUGCGGAGCUGGCGUUGCCUUUGCCGACGAAGACGUUCAUGACGGACCUGUUCAAGUUCGCGGGGAAGAUCGAGCAGAGCACGAGUAUGCUGGCCCGCACCAUCAAUCCCGCCCUCGACUACCUCAUGUUCAGGACGGGCGAGAACAGCCACGACCACUUUGGCGAAAUCCGUCACUGGGUCACCACCUGCGAGGACCACGAGCGGUGCGAGUGUGUGUGGCAACUCUUCCUGGUCUGGUUCCUCGACCACGGCGAGGAGCUGUGCGCGCUCGAGGUCAUGUGCAAGGCCGGCGACGUCGAGCUCCUCCGCUACAUGUCUCGGUCAUCCCUCAAGGGGAUGAGCGAAGUCGGCUUGUCUCUCCUCGCUGAUCAAGGCAUCAACGACUCGCACGCGCCGCUUCUCGCCGUGGUGGACCGCAAUUCCACCUUCCGCCAGACCCUCCGCAAUCUGUACGCCACCACCAACACCGCCAUCCAUGUCGACGCGUCGAGCGGGUCCGGAAAGGGAAAGAAGAAGGAGGUCGCCAGACCGUCCCUCGACAAUGUCGACGAGCCCGUCAGACGGAUCGUCGCCGACCUCAGCAUCAGCGAGCUACCCUCUCGCCUCAUUAAACUCCUUCCUCAGCUCCGCACGACGCCCAAGUGGCGGCACAACUGGGCUCGCCCCUCCCAGAACGACAAGCAGACGACGCCGAUGGGUAUCGCGUUGCAGAUGGCGCUGUCCUGGGAGGCCAUCAAGUCCGUCAUCGUCCUGCCGUUCUACUCCCCCCUGGGGAAGGAAAUCCUGCAGACCUGGUCGUGGUUCGCGUUCGAGUGGGAGGAAGGCCUCUCGGUAGAGGAGCGGACCACGCCCGAGCUUCAGGACCUCGUCAGCGUAUUCGGCCAAUCGGUGGAGAGCUACAAGGUCAACCCGCUGCUGGGGUACUUCCGUGCGACCCUCGUGAGGCAGCACAACCUCGCCGAGGGCUUCAAGGCCAUUCGCGAGCUGACCAAGUGCAUCGCCUUCCACAAGGACGUCUUUUUGCAAACGGACGAGAAGAACAGCUUCGUCAUGAAGCCAUCCUAUCUGGGCGACGUGGAAGAGCUGACGGUCGCUCCGGUGAUUGACUGGCUGCAAAAUGUCAUGAUUUGGAACGUCAACAGGCAGAGCGUGCGUCAGAAGGACUACACGUAUUUCUGGGUGCCGCCGAAGGAAAGGCCGCACGAGUACGUCGCUCCGAAAAUCUUGGCGUACCCAAAGGCGGCAGACAUGUUCGCGUUCUCGAAUACCACGGACUACUCGACGAGGUUCAACCCCGAAUUCCGCAACGACCACACGCGUCGAGAGACCAAGGUCAAGGAAUACGUCGAGCGUAAGCUCCGAGACUUUGACGUCGAGGCGGCGCGCAAGGCCCUCGACAGCGAGAAGACCGCUCUCAUCCUUGCCGACAUUGCCGGUGGGCCUUCGGCUGACGUGGAGCGAGAGGAUGAAGUGCCGCAGUUCGCGAGGCAGGACGAGGACGUGCAUAUGGAAGAUGGUUCGGACGACGCGACAAAGGACAAGGCCGGUGGAGCCGAUGAUGGACGCGCCGCUGCAGAGGCCCGGUUCCGCGACGAAGCGAAGGCCAAGUUCAAGUACCCGCAGGACUUGAUUGAGGACGCGUCCGCGGACGCCGAAAGCUUGUCGUUCGCGACCUUCGCUCGUGCCAGGACUGAGGUGAAGAAGAAGGACAAGGCGGCGCACGAGGAGAAGAUGCGGAAGCAGCAGUCGCCGAGUCGCCGAGUGCUUCCGUACUUUGGCGGUGCUCCGGAGUUCGACGUUCACCUCAACGAACUGCGGGCCGUUCUUUCGGUGGGUGACCAGGACGACGAAGAUGUGGAGAAGGACGCGGACGAAGGGGAGUCCCUGGCCGCCGCCAUUGCCCUGGUCGACAAGGACCCGUCGUCGGCAGAGGACUCGUCGUCAUCCAAGAAGGGCACCAGGACUGGCACAAAGCCGACCCCCUCCCAAGGCGCCACGCAUGCUCCGACCCCCGACAGCGACGAUAUGGACUUUCACCCGAGCAGCCAGGGGUCCAGUACCUCAACGACAUCCUCACAAUCGACUGACGCUGUGCGCUCAUCGACCUCGGACGGGGAAGACAUUAUCAUGGGCAACGCGGAGCCGGACAUCAAUCCGGACGAGGUCACUCCCAAGGGCAAGAAGACUCGCAACGCCCCCGUCAAACGCGUCGCCGACCAUGUCGAGGGCAACCCAGACGUGUCCCCCAAGCGACCUCAGAAGAAGAAGGCUCGGCCCAGCAACGACGGCAGCCGCGACGCAAGCGACAACGGUCGGGCUUCUCCCAGCGGCCUCUCGCUGUCCACGCUCACUGCGUCGCUCCCGGAAGCUGUCCAGCCGAAGCAGCAGCGCAAGCCGAAGCCAGGUUCAAAGCCGGGCCCCUCCCGAAGUGCCACGGCAGCCCCUCACGGUGCCGGUUCUUCAAUGGAUGUCCCUCGCCGAGCGAGCACUGCAAAGCCCUCCUCUCGUGUCCGGAGCAAGCCUUCAAGUUCCAAGCGUGUGGCCUCCGCCUCAGGCUCCCAACCGUGGGGUGGUUCAGGCUUCGAAGAGGACGAGGAUGCGCCCGAAUCGGACUAA